CCUCGAUCUGUGCCGCAGUCUCAUGUCUUGUGGCUUCAACAACCUGGCUGAUGCACAAAAGCUUAUACUCAACUCAUCACCGCGCUCAUCCGACUUCUGCCUAGAAAUGACGGAUCGUUACACGGAUCCACCUUUCAUCCAAUUCGACCUGUCUCUCCAUGGCCAUUCGUCUAUAGAGCUUCCGAGCCUGGGACGAACUUUCCCACCUCAGCAGUCCGCUGGGUACACGUUUACAGCAUGGUUUCGAGUUGACAAGUUUGAUCCAAGCUGCCAUACCACGCUGUUUGGCGUGUUCGAUUCAACCCAGUCUUGCUUUCUGCUUGCAUACCUCGAGAAGGACACGCACAAUUUUAUUCUACAGACCUCAGUCCGGUCAAGUCGUCCAAGUGUUCGUUUCAAGUCGUUCACGUUCAAGGAGAAUAAAUGGUAUCACGUUGGCAUUGUCCACAGGCGGCCGAAAGCCCUUGUCGCGAGCAAGGCUGCCUUAUAUGUUAACGGCGAGUUUGUGGAACAGCUAAAGGCAGCCUACCCAUCUCAACCACCAUUGGCCAACAACAGCACGGAAAGUUUCGCCUCCUUCGGGUCGAGUAGCAAUAAGACAAUGCCCGUCCAAGCUUUUCUAGGAACGCCAAAGGACCUGUCUGCGGUCGUGGGUCCCGGCCUGGUCAAGUCGAAAUGGUCGCUCGCAAGCGCCCACGUCUUUGAGGACGUAUUGAGUGACGAGUUCCUGUCCGUGCCAAGCCGCCUUGGGCCGGGCUAUCAAGGAAACUUUCAGGAUUGUCUAGGGGCGUUCCAGACAUACAAGGCUUCCGCUGCUCUGGGCCUUCAGAACGAGCUGUUGAGCACGGGUAAAGAAGCGGAAUCAGACAUCAUGCGAGUAAUUCGUCAGAAAGCUGCCUACCUCAUUCCGGAGCAGCGGAUAAUGCUGAGCGUCAUGCCUUCAUCGAUAUUUCGAGAGACUCGUGGCUUUGGCGACUCGCAGCUUUUCCGAGCUCUGUCACGGGGACCUGCGCACACUCUGACGCAGAUGGUACUCAAGGCUGGUACUGGAGUUGCCAUCAACGCUGCACUGCCCUCCAUCAAUGACGCUCUUGUCCGGUCGGCUGGUGUCGCCAUCCUAGCGGGAAAUCCCAUUGUUGUCACGCCACAUUUGUUUGAUGAUGCACUGUGGCGACUGGCUGGUUUCACCCCGUUGGCGCUGAAGCUCAUAGACAGAGCUGACACGGUUGACGCACUGCUUCAAGCCGUGGAGAUGGUCUUCAAAUGUAUCAACUCCAGCUGGAGGAAUAGCGAGGCGAUGGAAAGCGCUGGCGGCUAUCAAAUCUUGGCCCUUCUGCUGCGGACCAAACUCGGGUUUACAACACCAAGUAGCAACCUCGCAACUUCGCGCCUGGAGCUCGAGAACGAUGAGAGAGACAAGUUGUGUUUCCGUCUGCUAAGUCUCGUGCUGGACUUUGUUGGAUACAAACAUCGCGACCCUCUGGAUUCAGUCAUCAUCAAUCCCUUGGCCUACCGGAUCUUGCUCGUGGACUUUGAUGGCUGGAGGAAGUGCACGCCCAUCAUCCAGGAACUUUACUAUAAGCAGUUUGUGUCCUUUGCCGUUCGGAGCAAGUACCACCAAUACAACAACCGGAGACUGCUCAGAAUGCGCAUUGUUAAGAGACUGCUCGAUGCGAUCAAGUCUGAACCAUUACCCGAAAACGUGGUGCAGUAUUUCAUGGGCGCCAUAGAGAGUCUUGUGAGAUGUGGCUAUAACACAGAGGUGCACCGGACCAUUGCUUUGUUCAUCACAUACGCAUUCCACACACCGUCACGAUCGUUGCCGCGGACACCCAAACCGGGAACGCCCGCCGGUACUUUGACCCCGACGACUGUGAUUCGGAGACCGACCCUCGAGAUCAACGGUGGUACCCAGGUUACCGUCGCCUUGUUGAAUCGCCGUCAAAUUGGCAUUCGAAUUUUGGAAAUGUACUGCCAGCUCUUGUGCGAGAAGGGCAACGACGCGAUUAUUCGGAAAUUUGCCAAGACAGUCACAAACAAGUGGUUGCUCUAUCUCCUGACGGAGGAUGAUGCCGAGAUUGUCGUGCACGGCAGCAAAAUCCUCGCGCGACUGCUCGUGGUUCACGGCUCAAGCUACAUUAGCAAGUUUGCCGGUAAGACCGGUGGCUUCUGCAUCAUGGCACACCGGCUGAAACGUUGGUGGAAUAUACCCGCGCUGUGGCCGAUAUGCUUCAGUCUACUAUUUGGGUACGAUGUUGCAGAAGUUGAUUUCGAGAAGAACUUCGACUUCUUCACGUUGAUCGAGUGUUUUGGGAACUGCAAAGUCAUGUAUCCUGAAGCACUGCCCAUUAUUACCGGGAUGCUAGAAGCCGGCCUCAAGGACAUCUUGCGGAAUCAAGAUGACCCGGAAUCGCCAUCUCCAGUGCCAUCUGCUAAAUCCCAGACGAGACCGGUCACAAGACCUCAUGCUCGGUCUAUGUCCUACCAGCGCGAUGUGGAUGUUCCAAAUCUGGCUCGCCUCGCUGUAGACCGACUUGAUGGCGAUUCUGCCAUUCUACAGACUGUCAUUCGCUUCACCACUGAUCUUUACACGCGAUCUGUUGACUUCCGAGAUUUUGCCUUAUCGUCGGACUACGUCCGGCUGCUGCUGGCAGCAUUAUACCCCGUUCUGGUCAACUCGGAUCCAGUCAGCCCAGAGACUGAGCUCAGCUCAGGCGACUCUGCCCUCACCUUUGAAGGUAAUGACGUGAUAAUAAGACCGGUUGGGAGCUCAGCCUCAGCCCGGCCGGUGAUCAGGACUGCCACGCCAGAGCCUGCUAAAGUCGCGCCUUCGACGGUCCAGCGAGGAUCGCAGCUACGCAAGGCAUCAUCGUACAUCCUCCUGACCGCUGGAGAACCGGCACAGCCGAGCUCUGCGAGAAUCAAUCACAUCAUGUCCCCCAAAAAGAAGAUCUCGGUGCAAAACCACACGCACGCCGCGCUGGAAGGGAUCUCAGAGCUCGUUAUCAACGUCUUCAUCGAUCAGCUUCUAGUCCGCAAGGAGUUUCCCGGCUUCGGUCUCUUCCUCAAAACACCACCAGGGUUCCAGGAACACCACGCAUACUUCUCGUCAUACAUCCUAAGAAAUACGAUCAGUCAUUUAUCUACCAGCAUCAAGUUUGACUGGAAAGUCCUCAGCGAACCAAGGGUCCUGACAAACAUGGCGCGCUUCAGCCUUCACAUGGUCGAAGCCAUAUUCGAAGGGUGGUUCAUGAAUGGGACCGAGGCCAUGUUGGAGUUUGCAGGCAUGCUGCUCGAACAUCUGCAGAAACCAGAGGUAUCGAAACAGAAGACGGUGAGGCUCUGCAGCCAGGCUGUAUCUACAAUCCGGGCUUCUUUCCUCAAAUUGGUGCUGCUGCGACUCUCUGAAGUCGAUGAGACGCACGUGUCGGAACUGGCCGCAAACUAUUCGAUGGAUAAAGUUCUCUACUGGUUACCAGUAGUUCUCGAGACGCUCACUGUCGAUGACGAUUACAUGAAGCUCUUCUGGUACCAGCUCUACACCAAGCUCAUUGACGAGAGGGAGCAAGUCAAAAUAGCUGCCAUCAAUGUCUGGAGGAUCAUGCUUGUGCAGAAGCCGGACGACUGCACAUCAUUGUUCCGCCUUCUAAUGAAUUCUGACCAGCUCCAGCUCACAAAGGACUUCCAGAAACUCACCGAGCUCGAUAAUGACGCAUUCAUGGAGUGGGCGGGGCAGAACCGCCCAUCACUUGAUGUGCUUUUCUUCACUGGCAUAUCAAAGGCUUGGGAAGACUUCGUGGGCGCGGAGAACCAACGCACUAAGGAUACCGCGCGAUCCAGACUCUCCAAGCGUCGUGACGUGCUGAGGCGCUGGCAUCUCGAGGCCCGAGGAUGGGAGAAUAUCAUGCUGAGGCACGACAUGGCCAAUUCGGCAUGGAUGAAAUCCAUUUAUAGCUCCGAGCACUUCAAACACCAGCGUUUUCUGCAGGACCAGCAAGACGACACCAUAUACUACACUGCUCAGUUUGGCAAGAUGGAACGAGACCUCAAGCGGCCAGGCGCAGUGUUGCAUGAUGGCGGAGCACGCAAGUGGAAACUGGACAGAACCGAGGGCCGAAACAGGAUGCGGUUGCGGCUCCUCCCGGACCUGGCAUCUCCCAAUGACCAGUCUUACCAACCAAAGCGAAGAACGACAGACCAGGCCCCUGCAUCGGCCCUCAAACUCAACACUUCUGUGCCACUGAUCAAAUCUAUCGGCUCGUCCAAGCCAGGCGAUGUCGCACGAGAGCCAGGGGUGGCCCCUGAGGAUGAUUUCGAGCUCAUUGACGACCCGAACGAUCCCAACGAAGCCGAAGAUGGAUUUGAGGACAAGAACAGAAGAGUCAUGCGUCGCCUGGCUCAUGGCGAUGUGGUACAGCAUGUCUACAACACUUCUCGGAUCAUUGGUCUAGAGGCGUGCGAGGGUAUCCUGCUUAUUGGGAAGACUGAGCUGUAUUUGAUGGACAAUUUCUUCCAGUGCGCUGACGGCGAGAUUGUUAAUGUCUGGGAAGCGCCGCCUGAGGAACGCGAUCCCUACUCGCAGAUAGUCACGGGUGCGAAGGCCAGCGAACGACGGUCAGCGAGCUCGACCCAGGAUUCGAGAAGCUGGCAUUGGCAUGACGUGGUCAGCCUGUCCAAGCGGCGAUUUCUCUUCAGAGAUGUCGCCGUCGAGAUCUUCUUCACGGAUGGCCGCAGCUACCUUUUGACAGCUCGCAACGCCAGUAUGCGGGACGAGAUGUUUGCCAAACUGAGUGCAAAGACCCCUCAUACUGCGGGCGCGAACCUGCUUCCGAAUCCUGAGGAUGCGUGGAGAUUGGAAUCACUCAAGGUCGUUGACGAUGCACCGCAGUCUCUAGGAUCCAAGUUUGGCAGCAUCUUCAACCAGAGCCCAUGGACACCGGUGAUGCGUCGUUGGCAGCGUGGAGAGAUCUCCAACUUCCACUACCUCAUGCUUGUGAACACAAUGGCCGGCCGCACUUUCAACGACUUAACACAGUACCCUGUCUUCCCGUGGAUCCUGGCAGACUACACAAGCGAGGAGCUCGAUCUCAGCAACCCAGCGACGUUCCGUGAUCUAUCAAAGCCGAUGGGCGCCCAGACCGCCAGACGACAGGCAGAUUACACCUCGCGGUAUAACAGUCUUGCCGAGAUUGGCGAGACGCCGUUCCACUACGGCACUCACUACUCGUCGGCCAUGAUUGUCGCAUCGUACCUCAUCCGUCUUCCGCCAUUCGUUCAAUCGUACAUACUACUGCAGGGCGGAUCAUUCGAUCACGCGGAUCGCCUUUUCUUCUCGAUCGAAGGCUCGUGGCGCUCUGCAGCGCAAGACAAUGGCUCAGAUGUCCGCGAGCUGAUUCCCGAGUUUUUCUGCCUGCCGGAUUUCCUUAGGAACGUCAACGAGUACAACUUUGGCGAGCGGCAAGGCUCGCGCGGGCGUGUCGACCACGUCGAAUUACCCCCGUGGGCGAAGGGCGACCCCAAGAUCUUCAUUGCCAAACACCGCGAAGCCCUGGAAUCCCCCCAGCACCUUCAUUCUUGGAUAGAUCUCAUCUUUGGGUAUAAGCAACUGGGUGAACUGGCUGUGGAGAACUUGAAUGUCUUCCACCAUCUCUCCUACUACGGAGCCAAGGAUCUCGACAACAUUACCGAUACCGACGAGAGGCAUGCAACCACAAGCAUCAUCCACAAUUUCGGCCAGACGCCACAUCAGGUCUUCACAAAAGCGCAUCCACCACGAGAGCACAUUGCAUUUCCUACCAAACCCAGCGAAUUCCUCGCCCGCAUGCCUCAUCCGAGUCGAGAGCGUGUAGCGAUGCUGGAGUUCUCCAAGAAAUACGACCGACUGAUCUGCUCGUCUCCAUUCCGGCUCAACCUGCCACCUUUGUACGACAAAUACCUGGAAUGGGGGUUUGCUGAUAACAGCAUUCGAUUCUUCUUCAAUGAGAACCGCCGCAGCGCCGGAGUGAACGAGAACCUACACAUCGGGCAAAUUUCCUGCGUCACAGUAGCUGGAUCCAAGACACUGAUAACGGCCGGGGAGGAUUGCGUCAUCCUUACACUUCCGGGGAAGCCGAUCGAUCUGCUGCAGCGGGCGGCUCUAACUGGCCACAAGACGCCCGUGACGACUAUUGCCGUCUCAAAGGCUUUCAGCACCCUGCUGACGGUUUCCCUGGACGGACAAGCUUUCCUGUGGGAUCUGAAUCGUCUGGACUUCAUCCGCAAGCUGCCGACCACGAGGACAGUCGAGUGUGCUCAGAUUAACGACAUACUACUGUGCUCGGGAUCGAAUGUUCUCAUGUACACCCUCAAUGGCGACUUGUUGUUGGAUCAGAAUCAUGAUGACUACGUACACUCUUGCGCAUUCUAUGAAGGGUCUGGAAACGAGUGGCUCCAGAACUUCCUCGUAUUUACAGGACACAAGCGUGGCCGUGUCAAUAUUUGGAAACGAUGGCUUGUCCGAAGACUCGAUCAUGCCGACACGGGUGCCAACACGGAAGCAGCAAUCACCUGCAUAACGCCGAUGCCCCAGAUGGUGUACACUGGCGAUGAUGAUGGCCGAGUGUACGAGUGGACCUUGAUCCAAAGAGAGAGGUAGCGUGCUUGCGAUUCACGGACAAGUGGUCGAGAUCGUCCACGACGGCGAUGCUGAGCGCGUCGAGAUCAUGAUGCGCCGUUUGAGACGGAGUGUCGAGCCAACGCCGGAGGGCUGAAGUACCACAUAUAGAUAACACAGAACCAACGACCCCGAGGUCUCCCUGACGAGUCGCGCACUUGCAAAAAUCAAUCAAGUGAAAAACAUU